CGCUGCAUCCCCGACAUCCGCCUGUUCGUGACGCAAGCCAUCUUGGCCCCGCUGCCAGGAUUCGCUCCAACAGCACAGGCACACAAUCAGGCACAGCACUCUCCGCAGCAGUAUUACCGGCGCACAAUCGAAACACACUGGACAACAGGAACAGCUGCGCCUGCUGGCACGCUGCGCUGUUGACUUCUACUCAUCCUCAUCCACCUGGCCACGCCGUCGCUCCCCCCCCGAGAGUGACAACAUUUCCUAUUCACCAUGUCUUCGCCACAACCACAACGGGUGGCUUCAUUGCCCACAACCCUCUCUAGGUCGUACCUACCCAUCGAACAUGCGCCCUCCUCACAUCCAAAUAUCGUAUUCGCGACUUCCGAAGGCACCCAGCGAUCGUUCAACGAACCCGUGCGGAUACACUACCAGCCUCUCAGCUCGACGGCCAAGGGCAUCAUGAUCGGCAUCUUCUCUGUCCUCGGAGCCGCCGGAUUCUGUCUCAUCCUCGCCGCCAUUGUAUAUUACUUCCGCUACACCCAGCAAGGACGCAUUUUCUUAGACCGGAUAACACGGCCCGGCGAGUACGAUGACGAGCAGCAGUUCGCAAAGGAGGAGGCCGAGGCCUUGGAAGAGAUGGAUGACAUGGAGCGCAUGGAGUAUCUUCGAGCAAAAGCGUUUGUGCAAGCGAAUCCCCCCGAGUCCAUUCAGACCGACAUAUCCUUAUCGCAGUUCUUGGCAAUUCAAGAGAAGGGCGUUUCCGCGUGGGAGUUCGAGCCGGAGCUGGAAAUAGCGAAUUGUUUCGUCGAGGGCCGCACAGAGAUUGAGUUCUUCGAUUCCGAAUGCAGCGUUCAGAGCAACCUCCCGAUACCCAAGCAAAACGAAGUCUAUUACUGGGAAGCGAAGAUAUAUGAUAAACCCGAGAAUACUAGCAUUGGCAUCGGCGUCAGCACAAAACCAUAUCCACUGUUCAGGCUUCCAGGCCAGCACAGGUGGUCGAUAGCUUACACUUCCCAUGGCUCGCGGCGAUAUAAUCAACCCUUCACGCCCACACCCUACGGUCCUGCCUUCGUCCAGGGAGACGUCAUCGGAGUCGGAUACAGGCCUCGCACUGGAACGAUCUUCUUCACUCGGAAUGGCAAGAAACUGGACGACGUUGCUCACGGGUUGAAGUCUCAGAACUUCUUCCCUACAGUCGGCGCCAACGGCCCCUGCCAGGUUCACGUCAAUUUCGGUCAGAUGGGUUUCGUUUUCAUCGAGGCGAACGUGAAGAAGUGGGGUUUGGCACCGAUGACAGGCAGUCUCGCUCCCCCGCCUCCGUAUGGCAGUGAACAAGGUUCUAUCCUCCUAGAAGGCGGCCGUGAGGGCGUCCGGGAGGGCAUGGCUGGAACAUACUUUACUGGAUAUGGUCACGGAAGGUCAAGCAGUCAACAGAUGCGCCUAGGUCGUAAUCAACCCACCAGCCCUGGUCCGCAACGCAGCCCUACCGACAUUUCUCUUGCCCAGCUCAGUCUCGUCGAUUCGAAUGAAGAUGUUGGAGAAGGAACAAGCGCCGAAGCUUCCGCGGCAGCCGCAGCGGCUCAGCAUCAAGCAGGCGUACACGGUCUUGGAUUCCUUCAACCAGGCGAUCUCCCUCCCGAAUAUACCAGCCCCCAAAGUUCGCCGCGGAUCAGCCAACGAGAAGGUCAUGAAGACGAAGACUACUGGAGCGAACGAGCACCGUUACUAGACCAACCACCUCAAUCAUCGCAAUCCGAGCACCCAUCCCCACCUAUCCCAACAUAUGACGCAGCCGUGGCCGGCUCGUCAGACACACCACAGAUCCGCGUCCGAAGCGCAACAACAAACUCACGAUCCGCCCCAUCACGAGGGCCAAGGCGAUCGUGAUGAUAUGCACUCAGUCCACAAAGCUGACCGUAGCUUUCUUUCCUUUUACUCUCUCUCCUCUUUCCCCGACUACCACAUGAU